AGUCAGAGGUUUUGUCUCACGGCGAAUUUUCUUGUUUGUUUUCCCUUUUCCCAUUACAAUGAGAAAUGAAGAGAAUCACUUAGACCUCAACAACUUGCCUGAUGAUUUCCCUAGAGAUGUCAUUAGACAAACCUUCGAAGAGGGCUCUUCAUCUGGUCAGAGAAAGAAGAAAGGAGUUAAGGACGGGAAAGAUGAGGAGAGGGAGACGGAGACAUUGAAUCAAGCUCGACAAUUGGUCUACCGGAAUGAUACCUUAGCUCCACCGGGAAUUUCUCCUUUCGGUUUCCCCACCACAGACCCGACAUUAUAUUACGCACCAAGGCUAUUCCCCGGAGGUUCCUCCGCCGCAGCAAUCCUGCCGCCACCGCCACCGCCACCACCAUCCUUCCCAUUCUCUUCACCUAUACGCCUUUCUUCUCCAUACUCUUCAAACCAGUACUCACCUCACCGUUCCGUGGAUGAUUACUAUUUAGGUCAAAUCUUUAGACAUAACUUGACCUCCUCCCAAAACCCUAACCCUACCCAACCCACCGUCCGCUACAGGGAAUCGAGUAAUUACACAUGCAUUGGGGCACCCGUGGGCCACAGCGAUUUGGACGUGUUUAGCCGCGAUGGCAAUGGUUCACGGCCGCCUUUGGAUCCAUCUCGUCCUCCUCCACCGAUCAAUCGAUUUCAAGAUCAUGAGGCACUCUGAUACCAAAGAUCUGUGUGUUUCUUCCCGACUAUUUCAACCAUUUUUUUUUUGUUAUUUUAUUGUUCUUUUCUUUUGGAUCUUAGCAAGUCAUCAUGAAAGUAUGGAUUUUUAGGUUUGUCUAAACCCCACCGAUCCCUACCUAUGUUAUUAUUGUUACGUGGCCCCACGUGUUUUAAAUUUUUGUCGCAUCUUGGUAGAAAUAAACAAGAGUUCAAAACUUGAAUUUAGGAUCUGGAUGUAAGUUUGUGUUUUUGUCCAUUGGGUAUUUCAUCACUGAAAACACA